GUUACCAAAUUGUUUGGUGUAAAUUAUGAUACACCGACCUCUGGCGAACCUAUCCAUGCAUCCAUAAGCCAGCUAAGCCAGCCGGGUUCGUAUAUGCUAGCACCCAGUUACAGCGAGGCGUUAUUAAUGGAACCAGCAACACCUCGCAAUGAAUCCGAACAAAGACGAGAAAAUUGGGAAAGUCGAGAAGAGAUGAAUGUUGCAACUGACAUAGUACCCAGCUACUCUGAAGCACUUCUUUACGAACGUGCCGAACAAUACGAUGAUCAAAAUGCAGUCAUGAAUAAUGUCCCUUCUAUAUGCACGAGUAACACGACGACAUGCAACGUGGAUGAUCCGAUGCGAAUACUUCCGCUGAUGCCAUGCGAAUGUCAUUGUCCUUGUCCGUGUCAUGGGAAUGCGAACGAAUAUGAGACGAGGAUGGACGAGCGCAGCUACAUCGAGAUCGCGACCAGCAGAGAGCAUUUGCCAACAAGUACCGACAUUGGCGAUACUUUCGAAAAUGAACUAGCGACGCUACGGACGACGGCCGACGGUCGAUUGCAUCCUCCUGCAAACCCAAUAGCUUCUAUGGAUAAUCUUCAAAUUGAAGCAUCUCCGAGCAGAUGCAGCAGUUGCGGCAGAAUUUCCACCAGCACGCAAACGAUCAAUGCUGACACCCUUCCCCACAUUGUCGCUAGGAAAAAGUCUAAUGAAAGCUCUCAGACUACAUCGGCCGAUUUCAUUUCCAACAUGACAUCUGAAAGAGAGCGUCGGACUAUACUCCGCGACAUCUCUGAACCUAACUUGAGAUUGCGGUCGGAACUGGUGAAUACGUUCCCGAAGGAGAAUGUCAGGAGCCUAAAGAACAUAUUGGAAAAUGAAGAAAAUCUAUCAGGAGCUAGCAAAACUGGCUUUGUCAACGUAGAGAUGAGUCUUCGGCAUGAAAGGCAAUAUCCUGAACGUCAGAGGAGAUUCCCAGUUUCGCCCUCUCUGACGCAUCACCGUUCCCUUUCCCUCGACGAGACUGUUUCUCCGAAAAAUAUGAGCACUAUUUCAAAAACCGAGCCGCGUAGCAGGAUCAUGGUGAAUCCUAUAUUAAAUGAAGCUUGCUGGAAAUUACCCAACUCGAAGACGUACUAUUGCUUAAAGUCGAUUUUGAAGCAAAACAGGCGCAGAUAUACACUAGUGACCGCGGAUGAAUUCCAAAAUCUCACUGAACAGGAUGCUAAUCGUGGUCUUGGAUAUCUCAACAGUUCCGGCAGAGGCGAGAAGAGUAAUAAUGAUGUUCAAAUCGAUAAAUUGAUCGAUUCACGCUCGAGGGAAAGAUUAAAUCUCAGAAGGAGAAUGCCAUCCUUCGAGGAAUUUAGAUCGGAAAGAGACAAAAUGUAUAACAAUGAUCAAAAACGGGAAAGCACUAGAACGCUCAUUUUUGCCAGUCCGAUACAAGAAGUCUUCCCUGGCGAUCCUUUCGGCGGCAAAGAUAUCGUACCAGUAAGAAAUUUGAGAGAAUGUAGCGCCAGAGAGGGUGAUUCCACCAACGAUUCGGCAAUGCUUAUUCGCCCUUUAUCAAGUCGAUCUCCAGCUGUUCGAGAUGCAAGAUGCCUUCCGACCGAUUAUCCAACUAGGAAUCCAUUGCGGCCCGACAGUAUCACGUAUCCAUUACCACAUGUAAUGCAUUCUUCGUGGAAUAACUGGCAUGAAAAAAAACUCCAGUAUCUUUUACACAAUAGAUAUUCAUUCGAGGCAAUGGGCACUUCCGCUAGAGCAGAAGAGACAUCGCGAGGGUAUCGAAACGACAUCUCAUUUCGUUCUUAUGAUGGGUUGCACUCUGAACGAAUGAAUAGAUGGUCGACAAGCUCGAAUGAAUAUGAUGAUAGAUCUCGCGAAGGUCAUUCAAAGUAUUUAUCCAACAGAAGACGUCAGGUAGCUGGUUUAACCAGAUCACUCACCGAGAGGCGGCCGAAGGUCGCUCGUCUCAAUAGGAACUUUCGAAGAAGCUUCACAGGUAGAAUGGAAGAUUAUAGAAUGGAGAACGCCAAACGAACAAAUUUCAGCAUCGAAACAUCACUGUAA